UCGUUGGACGCAGACGAGUCCACCUGUUCAGUUUCAACUCAAAAUAAAAAAAAUCAAAACAUAUCUACACUGAGAACUUGUAUCGUAAUCAGUUGAAAAAAAAAACCAAAUUAGUAAGAAAGAAUACUUUCUCUAAAGUAUAUCGAAGUGUUUGUUUCUGUGUGACUUAUUUCCCGUUAUUUUUUAUCGUUUAUCAUUGAUCUUAUGGAUACAAGCAUGGGAUACAGGAUGAUUUUUUCGUCCUUACGUGCGUCGCGUCGUUUUCGCAUGUUGUUCCGUUGUCAGGAAAGUUUACAAGUGUAGUUGACACCACACAUAUAUACCGGUUGAGGAAGUUAUAUACGGGCUUUCAAGAAAAUGUGUCGCAUCCUUCCUGUCAGUGUUAUUUGUGCGCGCAUCGGUGCAUCAAGGGCUAAAAACCCAACUCGUGCAUCGCCCAAAGUUUCUCUUUGAUGAUUUUCGUAAAUUACAGGAUAAAACGUGCGUGUUUUGUUUCUCUUAUGGGUUUUCAGUCGUCUUUUUUACGUAAAUCAAAUAUACGCGUGUGACAGUAUAUACGAUAGCCAGCAAAGAUAUAAAUCCACGAAUGAGUAUGGAAUGAUUUAUAGGUUCUUUAUAAAAGAAACAAGCGCGAUUCUCCGCGUGGAAGUGAAAGAGAUUGUGACCAAGAUAUUCUCAUAGAAUCUUCAACAAUGAGGGUAUAUUGACUGGUCCGAGGUCUUUCAAGUGGAAAUAAAAAAAAAAAAAAAAAGGAUGAAGAGGAGCGGCCGCACAGCGAGCGGUCCAUACGUAGAAAAACAAGGAAUACGCAACACCCUCGUUAAAUGAACCGAACCUGUUUUUAUUUGGAAUAAAAUAAUUUUAGUAUAUGAUUGAAAAGAAGAGAUUAACGAAAAAGUGAAAAAGAAAAGAGGUCAAAGGAAAAGAGAAUAAUAGCGAGCGAGGAAGGAAAGAAGUGGGAUCGUAUCGGUGCGCGAAAAGAACCAUCUCGAUGCGUUGAUGUAGUGGUUUAAGUAAAAUGGCCGGGGCUUUGUCCGAGAACGCCCCGAGGCCUGUAAGCGUCGUGACCGUAGACGGUGCAAGUGUCCAGCCCCAUUCGACACCGAGACACCAGAAUCGUAUCGAUACGAGCGGGAAUCAUCAACAGCAAGAUUUAUUGAGCGAGUUGAGCGAGCUCCAUCAGGCGGCUCGGAGCGAUGAGAAUCAGCCGGUAAGUCAAAGCGUUCUCGGGAACUGUCAGCCUCAAGAUCAACAGGUUGACUCGAGGAUUACUCAGAGAUCUUUCGCCUCGACCGAAGCGCAGACCGAACUCGCGGUCGGCUCGCGCCUCCUCGAGAAUCCCGGAUUAUUUAAUCAUCACCAUCAUCAUCAUCAUCACCAUCACUCUCAAAACAAUAACAGCCAAAAUACGAACGAUAAUCAUGCCCACUCGAGCGAGGAACAACUCCGCGAUGCCCGACGAAGGGAACGCAGGGUACGUCGCCAUCAUCGCCGCGCCAUGCGGAGCUGCUCCGUGCCACCGACUUAUCAAGGCGUCGUCACUUCCGGUGCCUGCAUCGGCAGCGUCGCCGGCGCUAACCCCAUCGCUGCUGGACACGCCGGCGGUCUCCCUCUUGUACCCCCCGUUGGUGGCUUCUUACAUCCACCUCCGCCUCAUCUCGGCCUCAGGGGACUCAGCCUCGGCUUACCUUUUCCGGUUCCCGCUAGUGUUUCCGCUUUCGGCAGGGAUGCUGUGCCGAAGCAAUGCUGCGGCCUGGGAUCGCCACCGGUUCGCUGGUCGAUUCUCGGUGUCGGAAUAGUUGGUCUCGUCUGCGCCGCAGCCGGAGCACUUCUCGGUGCCCUCAGGGCUACUGGCCGAGAUCAUAUUGCCGUGUCCCUCCUCAUGAUCGGCAUAGGAGUAGUUUUGGUGACCGUCAGCGCUGUCGCAUGGCGCGUUACGAGUCGAGAAAAUUGUAACAGCUUCUUCGGUUUCGCGGGUAUCGCAGGUCGGAUACCACCUGCAGCAAGACCCAUGCAUCCUUACGCCGCCAUGAUUUAUCCGGAGUUUCAGUUCAGGACGCCGCCACCCAGUUACCAGGCAAGUAUGCAGGAAUACAGGUUACGAUUAUUGUUGCUGGAUCGACUGCAGCCAACAUCAUCGCCACCGCCAACGUACAGAUCGAACGCUCCCAGUAUAGUAACUCCGGCGUGUACGACGAGGGAAAGCCGACCGCCGAGUUAUUGCGGUCGUGUUAACGUCACACCCACAGCGACCCUGGCAACCUCGAAGAAGGACGCAAAUCUCGUAAGAAUCGUACAGACUGAAUCGGAACCGGUGAUUUUGAGCGGCGAUCAAACCCCACCGAUCGCUGCUGUUGAAGUUUUGGCUCAUUUGUAAACAAAAAAAAAGGAAAGAAAUGGGAGAAACUUUGAGCACGAAGAGAGCACAGGAGAACGUUUGGGAGAAAAAGAAAAAAUAGUCCAAGUUGACAGCCAGCGAUUCUGAUGGUAUCAAAUAUGCAAACAACGUUUUUUUCCUUUUCUUUUAGCACUUUUUAUCGAAUAAUUUGUGUAAAAAAUGUUGGAAAACGUAUUUUUGCCGAAGUUUGGCUGCGUUACAAGAGUCAACCGUAUUUUCACCAGCAAGAGCUCUCAAUAGUACUUUCUAUGGCUACAAAAAAUCGGGCCAAUCGCAUUAUACCAUUGAAUUGGAACCGCUCGACGUAUGACAGCUUGCGAUAAUAAAUGUCCCGUCAAUUUAUCGACUUUUACGUAGCACAAUAAAGUAAGCUCCAAGUUCGUUCACGUGCAUGAAUUCAUGUGCAAUGUUCUCAUGAUCGAAACGAGAAACUUUCAACACUGAUCAGUUCACCGGAAACGUUAUCGACCACUGGACGAUUUUUUUUUUUUUUUGCUACAUUGUCCAUGUGUGGAAGAAGGAGGAAUAUUGGGAGUUUCGAAAAAUAAUGUUCGAAGCUCUCAUAAACAAUUCGCCAAAAGCUCAAGAAUAUCGAGAAAAUUGGAUAAACAAAUUUCUUCCGGUACACGACAGUUUUGCACAUUUCUCUUAUUAAUGAGACAUUUGCAGGACUGCAAAAAUUGCUAGACCGCGACAGUGUCAUUUGUGCAAUAAUAUUGAAUCCGUUGUAAUUGGAAAGCGUUUUUUCUUACUUCACGGAGGAGGAAAAAAGUAGUGUGAAUUUACCGAAAGAAUGUUCAUUCUUCUUCUCUUUCUGACGCGUCUUCCAAGCGUGUAGAAUCUGCCGAGACACGUUUCGUUAGCCAUACUACUAUGCUAUAUUUUAUAGCUUAUAGAUAAGAGAUUAAUUUUUUCAGAUUGAAUAUACUAGCCACGAAUAAUGUAAAUAUACGAUAAAAGAUUAGUAUAUUCAUUUGGAGGUUAGUUAACUGAACGCGUGAAAAUCCUCGAGAACAAAUUGUAAACUUACAACGCGAGAGAAUAUUCGUUACAAAUAUGCAUUGUGCGUGUGCGCGUGUGUGUGUAAAAUAUAUUUUUCAAAUUGAAAAGCUUGGCAAUUGGUUGAAAUUCGCGAAAAAUCUAUCCAGUUUUCUCUCUACUUAUACAUAUAUCUCUCUUUUGCCUGUCGUACAUCGCGUAAUUAAAAAGCGUGAAUAACCGUCGCCUUCGUGCUCUCUUGUGUUCAGCGUAAAAUAAUACUUAUCGGCCGCCGCCGGGGCGUAAACCGUGCAGUAACAACGUAUAAAAUUCAUAUUAAAACCGUAUACUCUCGUUCUCGUCUCAUUCAUGCGAAAACGCCACUUUCAAUCUUCAGAUUGUAUUCCCCUUUUUUUGCCGACUGACGAAAGCGAAUUUUAUUUACGAGAUAUUUAGCCAUGAAAUAAAAAAAAAUUAUUUUCAAACACUUUUGGUUUGCUUGAGAUUCCUUCUCAGAUAUUUGAAUUUUGAUUCAAAAGAUUCGAAUCGAUGAGCCAUGGAACGAAUCUCUUCUUUCGCUACUAUUGUACUCCGCUCUCACUCUUCAAAAUGCGUUUUUUCAACGGCUCUGACAAAAGAAUAAUUUUUUUUAGUGCUAUAAUAAGACGGUACACGGAGAUCACUGCCCUAUUUCGCUGAUAUCGUAAAUGUACUGGUGUUUUAGAAUCUAAUAUUCCCCUGCACCAAUUUGUGUUCAAUAAAAUUCGUUCAAGCUAUCAAUUCAGUGCGAACGAACCGAUGACAUUUAUUUUUUCGAAUUCAGCUCCAACGAUCAACCCUCCACUUUUUUUUUUAUAGUGCAAAACACGAGUAAGGAUACAAUUUCGAUGCUUAUGGAAAAUUAUUUGGACAAAAACGUAUGAAAAGCACGCUCGAUUAUGGGAACAGUAGCUUUAGGCAGGCAAAAUAAAAAGGUCGAACGCCUUUUUUGGAUUUAUGAAAACGAUGAGUGUCGAAAUCGAAAAUUUUUGCGAUCUCUGUUACCGAUAAACGUACAACGUUGAUGAAUAGCCACGAAAAUUGUUCGAACUUGAGUAAAGUGUUAUUAUUAUCGUAUUGCAUUCCGUAGAAAAAUGUUCAAUUGUGUUUUUUUUUCUAAGAAAAAAAAAAAAUACGUAGGAAAUUCUUGGCGAAGAAUUCAUUGCACGAUUCAUAAAAAUGUGGAACGAAGAUAAGCUUCGGGGAAAUAAUUUUCCCAAGCGUCACCGUUACGACAACCCCGGGAAAAUUUUUCUUUGUCUCGUUUACGAUUUAUGUAAAUUUACAACGACAAUUUCAGCAGGACAAUACGAAAAAAGUAGGAAAAAAGUAGGAGAGAUGGGAAAAUUGCGCUUCUCGUCGAAGAGAUUGAUAUUCGAGAUUUUCGCUCGUUUCUUGCAGAAACAGCAUAUAUAUAUAUAGACCGUGCAUAAACUGCUAAAAUUUGUAGAUAAACAAUGCCAAUUUAACGCAAAGAAGUUUUAUAGUGGUCGAUUAACCAUGACACUACGUCUCGUACAACAGCCAAGAAUAUUUGUGCGAGACAAAAUAAAAAUGAUAAGUUAUUUUUAUAAAGUACCGAUUGGGACCACACGGACGAAUAACUCUCGAAAAACAAAUCACUCUUUACAAAGUUUUUCGAGAAACAAAAACGAAUAAGUCCCGUCUGGAACUUUGAAAAAGAUCCCGGUAUAUUAUCGAAAUAAAAAAAAAUAAAUUAUUGCAGAAUGAGUAAAUGAAUGAUGAAAACGAGAGAGAAUAAACCAAACUCGCAAUGUUUCGUGAUACGAGAAUGAUUUGUCGUUACUUAAGUGAUCGAUCGAAUAAAAGUAGUUCCUUAAUAUUCGUAGGACAAAAGAAACUUGUAUAUUGAUGGAGAAAUAAAUUUGAAAUUUUAUUUCCCCAA